AUGACUUCCUUUGCCCCCAUUUCCUCUACUGAUUCCAUGAGACGCAAUCGCAUUGCGGCGCAACAGCACGAACCCGUCAUUCUUGCUUCCACGGGAACCAUUGUCACCGAUUUGCCAGAUUCCGAAUAUCCACGACCUUUGCAAAUUGGAGACUACUCGCAGCGUUCACAAUCACAACAAUCGGCUUACUAUUAUGAAACAACCACCACCACCUAUUCUUAUCGAGGAGGAUUCUCCACGUCACUCUGUGAUUUAUUCCAAGAUCCACGAGAUCGGUCCAGUUGUUGUGCCCUCACGUGCUGUGGAACCUUUCUACAAGAUCGGAAUCGAUUUAUACUCACGGGAGAAAUGCCACCGCCCUGGUGGAUGCGCAUUCUCGUCCAUGUCGGAGGAUUUGUCCUCUCUGUCAUUGUAUCGUCCAUUCUCGUUGCAUUAUUCUUCAACAAUCAACACUCUCUCCUGGCAGCCCUCUUGCCACCCGUCCUUUUUGUCAUGGCCAUGUUGCUACGAGGCACGACCAUGCGACAACAAUUACGAAAACAAUUGCAAAUUCGCAUGAUGGAAACAACAAACCCACAAUCACACAACAAUGAUAACCACCAAUCCUCCUCCUUCUCCCAACAGCUUCAUCUUUCAACCCGCAGCGAACAUUGGUGUUGUGCCUUGGUCAGCAAUGACCGUCGACGUACACUCGCACACCCCAACAAUACUACUACUGCCAUGUCACGCACCCAACGCGACCAACACUACUUUCUCCAAGAAGAGCGACAACGACGACAGCAAGCCGAUUUUUGUUUUCGCAUUUGGCAAUUACUGUCGUGUCUGUGCUGCGAUAUAUGCUGUUUCAGUUGGUGUCACUGGUGUGGCAUGUGUGCCACCGGACAAGAAGAUCGAGAACUACGACGAUUGUUGCCACCGCAAGUCUUUUGGAGAGAUUACAUUACCUUUCAACCCUACGGGGAAUAUUAUCCCCAAAUUGAAUGGUUGCGACAGCAGCAACAACAGCACACGACUACCACAACUUUUUGGAAUCAUUUGGGAGCACUCUCGCAGUUGUCUCAAAAACUACUGUCGCUCUUGCAAUGUUCCAUUCUGCUGUUACUCGGAAUUGCCACCUUUCACAUUAUCAGCAGUUUUUCCAUUGGAAAAGUAUUUGUCGUCGUGGCGACAUUGGCACAAGCAUUUCUCAUACUCUACCUCGUCUAUUGGCGUCAUCAUCGAAUGGAUGUGAGUUUGGAUGCCAUUAUCAAAUUCUUUGCUUCGGGGUUCGUACUGGCCAUGACGGCCGCAUUGGUCGUCGAACUCCUAUUGGACGCUAUUGGAGAAGUCAUUUUCAGUAUCGUCAUGACCAACGAAUACAUUCAAGAUCAUCCGGAAGUGCUCACCAUGGACGAUGAUUACGCCAUUGCACAUGGACAAGUGGGACCCUUUUCCAACAUCGAAACCUUCAAGGGCAUGGCACAAAAACACUACAUCACCUUGCUCGUUUAUCUAUUUUUCAAGGCCGUCGUCGUGGCAGCGUUGGUCGAGGAAAUGACCAAGUAUUAUUGCUUUUGGAUGGUCGAACAUCCCGAUUACAUUUACGGAUCACUCCGGCAUGUCAACCCGGAAAUGGGAGAAGAGGGAGCGUUUUGCAAUCAUCCCGCUGACAAUAAUAAUAAUCAUGGCACUACAACAAAUACAAAUACAAAUACGACGACGAGCCAACAACAACAACAAUGCGUCGUCGCGCCACCCACGUCCCCGUCCGAAUCGGCCACCACGGGAAUGCCGCCCUUUCGACCACGACAAACACCCAAUCACACCACGGCGGGGGCAGCCAUUACCGUCGGUAUGAUUGCCACGGCUGCUGGAUUUGCCUGUUCCGAAAAUCUCAUGUAUGUCUUUAGUCAGAAUUCCGUGGCGGGAGAAAUCACGGUUUUAAUGGUUCGAAGUGCCUUGCCUGUACACUCGAUAUGUGCCGCCAUUCAAAGUAUCGGGGUAGUACGGCGGGAUGUGGAGCAGGAUACCGACUACAAGAUUGGAUGGGCCAUCUUUCCGGCAGUGCUUUUGCACGGAAUGUUCGACUUUAUACUGCUCUCGCUUUCCAUGAUGGAAUACGUCUGGUCUCCCUCUUCCAGUAGUAGCACCAACAAUAAUAGUCAAGGCGGCGACAACAACAGCCAACACAGCAAUGCCGGGGCGCAUGACGAUUGGCUUGGAACCAACGAUGACGAGUACCCCGCCCCAGUGGAGUAUUCGGAAACGUUUGCUGAACAAAUGUUGAGUUUCAGUGUCGGGGCCGCAAUUACCAUGAUCGGGGUCAUUUAUUAUGUGAACGAGUCAGGCAAACAACGACACCGACUACAGGCUUUGGAAAUGACAACCGCAGAAGUGCCAUCGACAGCGGGGCUAGUGUUCACGUAA